AUGGCAUUGAGAUUAAAGACCGAAAGAUUGUCGACGCACGAUCUCUUUGUUGAGCCAUCGAGGGCUUUUCGUCCUACUGGCCCUGCUGCAUGUCGGGAUCUGAACCCUUACUUUGCCAAUGUCGACCCCGAGUUUUGGCAAAGUCAUGAGAUUCUCCUGGAGAAGCUGAAUGUGCGGGACGAUGAUCUAGGUGUGCUUGACCUUCCCAGAGUCCAGGACAUGCUUGAAGCCAAAGAUCGACUUGACGACAAUGACGUCAAAGUCGCUGUUGAGAUCUUGAGAAUCGCCAGCCGAUUUACUGGUACUGGCGAGUCUCUUGCCGGUUUGAAAAUACUUGGCGAGUCCAGACAAUUUUACACCUUCCAAGAAAUCCGAUCCUCUGGUGGCCCCGAAGAUUCGGGAGAUUUUAAAUUCACUCACCCCGAUAUCCCGCUUAGUAUAAGCAACCUUCUUGGUAUCGACAGUGUCCGCGACCGGAUGCUCAAGGAGAUGUUGGAGAUGGAAGAAGAUGAGGAUGAUGAGUUCGAUCAAGUAGAGGAUGCCAUGUCUCGUAUCGCAGAUACCUUGGACAGAUACCCUAUCGAGACCACUUUCCGAGAGUAUCUCGCAAAUGCAGACGACACUCAAGGUGCUAGCAAGAUUCGCUGGUUGCCAGAUAGAAGAGAACAUGCAUAUGAGAGCCUCAUGACACCCGAGAUGAAGGUCCUACAAGGGCCCGCAUUACUCUCCUACAAUGAUGGCGUCUUCAGUGCACGUGAUUUUGAUGGCUUCAAGAAUGUUGGUCAAGGUAGCAAGAUGCAGGAUAAGGAAACCAUCGGUCAAUUCGGAAGAGGGUCGCAAACCAUGUCCAAUUUUACAAGCAGUCCCAUGAUCCUCUCCGGGGACUACCUCCUUAUACUUGAUCCAGAGCAGAAAAUUUUACCAUUUAACCGCUUGAAAGGAAGGAGAAAACCAGGCAUGAAAUUGAAGCUGUCCAGAGUGGCCAAGGCUAUUCCAAACUUGCUUGCCCCGUUUGCCGGUCAUUUCGGUUUCAAAACGAACAUGGCCCAUUAUCCUGGGACAAUCUUCCGAUUUCCACUGCUGUUACCAGGUUCACUCUGGGUGGUCGAUUAUAAAGGUUAUGCCAUCGCGUCAGAUCCUAAGCCAUUUUUAGGAUUCGUCACAUGCUCCUUCAAGAUUUACGCAAGAGACUCUGAAGAGCUCCAGGCUGACGGCCUUGAUGAGUGGUGGGUCAGCAUUGAGAAUGCGGCCACUGGAACCGACUUGCCCCCUGAGAGCUCAAGAAGAGUAACGAAACGGACAGAAUGCGGUAUUGCUGCCUUGGUCUACAGGACGUACACCCAGAAAAGUCCCGGAUUCAACUUUCCUACAACAACUACGUCCAGGAUGUUCAAUACGUUGCCUUUGCCCAUCUUUUCUGACCUACCAGUCCAUGUCCAUGCCACCUUUACUCUUUCUGGGGAUCGAAAAUCAAUCGUGCUUGACGACCAUAACUUAAAAUCCGCCAGCUCGGAGUCGAAUCGCCACUUCCUAGAACAAGAAAUACCAAAGAUGUACUUGCAGUUUCUUGCCGGUCUUGUGGUCCACCUUCAGCAAGAUGUGUUCAUAUUCUGGCCCCAGCACGAACCUCCGGAGAGAAGCUUUGGACUCCGCAUCUGGACUUCCUUCUGGCAAAAACUUUCUCUGUCUCUAUUAGAGCUUUUCCCAAAGGCCCAGUCCGCCGCCCAAGUUUUGUCAAACACUUCUGCUGGGUUGUUGGACAUCAACUACGCCAUCCUUGAUAAUCUCAAAGCCCAUGAUUCAAGAAUGUUGAAGCCCCUCUUGUUGAAUCUAGAGGUAGAUCUCCUCAGCGACGUGCCAAAACCGGUUGCGAACCAGCUCGAGCGGAUUGAAACCGUGCGCCGCAUUACAGGAUCAAUGCUUCGGGACCUCUUUAAAUCUGUCCAGAGUCAAGAAUCUCUAUGCCUGGAGAUUGCAUCAAACCCGGGGUUCUCGUGGGCAAAAUCCGUAGAGCUGGAUGGCUGCUAUGUUCUCCUCAUGGCCGACCAAAGCAUAGGAAGAUUAAAUCUUGUCCAAGAUGACGACACAGAAUAUGAAAGCUACUACAUCGCCUCUGAUGAGAGAUCGAACUUUUCAAACAAGAGACCUCCUGUAGGUGUGCCUAGUCGGCUGGAAGAUCUCUGGCUCGCUCGCUUCUGGCAGUGUUGGAACUCCCGCUCGGAUUUGAAAGAUACUGAGCUCGACGAGAUUUGCGAAUCUGAAGCUAAAAUCUACCGGGCAACUCGCAAUGGCAGCGAUGUGUAUAUUACUCCCAGCGAGCUCGAUCUUCUUCCAUCAGUGGUGACACCCUCGAUCACAGAGCAUCGAGACCUGUGUCUUUCCAUUCCUGGAAUGUAUAUGGUCGAUCCCAUACUUAUGCCGGCAUUGUUGAUGACCAAGGAGGAAACGCUGAACGAGAGUGAUUCUUUCUUCAGAUUCAUCAAAUCGUUGUCUGCUCUUGCGAAAAUAACCAGCUUCCACAAUUUUGUGCGACAAGAAAUUUCCCGGGAGAAUCUGACGAAGAUUCAAGAUCUCACGUUUUACCAUCUCUCGAAAGCUCCAGCUCUCGCAUCAGAGGACAGUCUGGGCGCCAUUUUGAAGUCCUUCCCUCUCUGGCCCAACUUUUCGGCUUUCGAUUCCAUCAAUAUGAUCUCUGCCAACGAUGCUCUGAUUGCCGAAAAUCCUUCUCUCCUCGUCUCAUGGGUGAAGAACCGUCAUCUGUUUCUCGAUAAUGGAUUUAUGGCUCGUGGUCAGAACGCAGAGUGCCUCUCAUCGCUAGGUGUACGCAAGCUCCCCCCAGAAGAGAUGAUCAAAGAUUACCUCUUACAUCUGCCUCAAAGUGUCGCCGUCAACGACUGGGAAACCUAUCGUUCUAUCAUGGACGCUAUUGGUUUCGCUUUCCAAUCUUCGGCCUCUAUCUUAGACGGGUUGGCAUCGCAAUCCAUCGUCUCGGAUGGAAAUUGCGCGCUGAAGAAGGCCAAUCACUUUUACGACCACCAAGUCCCGAUCUUUGCACCGGCAUUCCGAUACGAGACCCGUACGAGAUUCGUGCAUACUGGUAUCCGAGAUUGCCUCCCGUGGUUGCGCCGCAUAGGGCUACGCAAAUCCACAGAUCACUUGGUUAGCUUCGAAAACUAUAUCGAGUGUAUCCGAGUCAUGGCGCUUCGCGUCUGCCAAGUUGAUGCGCGGAUUUAUACAACGUAUCUUGCAGAGGAUUACAGCAACAUUCACCUACAGCGACUGGCAAAUCCUUUUAUAAGACGUGUCUUUCGUUCACGGGUUGCCUUCAACGCCGAGUCAGAAUACAGACGGGAGAGGAUGGCCGCGGUCGCAAAGCAACAGCCCGAGUUAUGUCUAAAUCAGAUUAUUUCUCAGGAUUAUCUUCCCGUCUGCUGGAGCCAGGUUCCUUUCGCAAUCAACGAGCCAACAAGCCAGGCCCUCGGCAAGACUGCUGGAAAGGGGAAGCCCGAUGUCAGUGUGGUCUGGCUCCACCUACAAUACUUGAAAAGCGUUUCCCUGCACCUGCGAGACAACGUUUCUCAGCAACUCGAUCAAAAUCGCGACUUUUUCCAAGAUCUCAAGACCACCUACGGAUAUCUCCAAGAUCAUCCGCAGGAGACCAAAGCUUUGUUUGGAACCAACGAAGAUGCAAUCUUGCUCAAUCUGGAAUCAUGGGACUUCCGCAAAGUUUCGCGGGCCGAUAUCCAGGACUCCUGGUAUCCGAUCACGGCGCUUGUGCUUGCCAGCUCAUGCGACUCGGGACCGAUCAAAGCCGUGCGACAGGGCUUGAUGGAUUUCGAGAAGUUGCUUCCAUCCCUGGGUUGCAGCUCAAUCCACUAUCCGACCAUCACGCGCUCGGAUCAACACACCCAGGAGAGUUAUUCGGCUACUUCUUCCCUCAAUAUGCUUCGACAGGCCGGCGACUUGGCUGAUAUUGCUUUCACGAGCCAGGGUAGGACCAUCAAGGCGCACAAGGUGGUCCUCUCUGCCGUUUCCAAUGUCAAGAGAGCCCAAUUCUGCCGAAAUCUAGGUCUAAAGCAGGAGGAUGUCAUCACCUACCGGGAGAGUAUCCUCUCGGAAUUUCUAAGCUAUCGAACACUCUCGGUACUGGUUGACUACGCCUACCAACAACCUAUCGACUGGGACGAUAUGGAGGUCACCGACGAGGAUAACGAAGACCAAAAGGCGGCCAAGCUAGACGUCCUUCUGAAUCUCUGCAAGGGCGCUGAUAUGUGGGAAAUGCUAGCGUUGAAGUCGCAGGCGGAAGACCGAAUGUUGCGCGCAGGAAAGAUGUUCCUCAACCUCGAGAACUGUCUGCAGCUCGCGAAGCGGUCGGCGGAUGCCAAUGCGGAGACGUUCCAAAAGCUAUGCAAAGCGUUCAUCGAGCAGAACAUGGCCGCGGUGAUGAGAGCACAUCCGCAAGGACUGGAUUAG